GGAGGGAUUUCAUGAGGAAGGCCGCGAGGCGCGUUGAGGCCGCAGGGCCGCAUUGACAGCCGCCAUGGCUGCUGUGGGCACCUCAUUGAGCACUGCCGUGGAUUCGGGCAGCACGAGCGCACGCUCCUCUGGGGUGUCUGUGAGCAUGAGGUCGAUGUCAGCUCCGGCUCUCAGCAAUGCACGGAUGGUGGGCGGGUAGAAGGGAAUCUCCUUCGCGUGGAAGUCCGUCCACUCGUUGUUCUGCAAGGCGGUGCGGUGCCUCUUGAAGGCUUUGGCGGCCAAAGCCAGGGGCGUCUCGUCGGGGUCGUCCUCGGUCCCUAUGUCGACGCCCUCGUCGGUGAGAUGGCGACACAGGGAAGUGACGAUGUGGUGCGAGCCCAUCAAUGCUGCCCGAUGCAGAGACGUCAUGGUGCUCUGACUGUACUCGUCCACUUCCGCGACGUCGGCCCCGUUGGCCACCAGCAGGUCGAUGUACUUGUUGAAAAAGGCCUGGGAGAAGGGGCUGUGCCGGUAGGCCGCAGAGUGCACUCUGCUGCCGCCGUCCUGAGCUGCGACUGUGUUGUCAUGGUCGAUGAGCCGCUGGUAGGUUGACAGCAGCCAGGCCUCGUGAGCCUCAGUCGGCCGGUCGGUCGGCAGCGUGCGGGGCACACCCAGCGCACUUCUCAGCUGCAGCCCGUCCUGACCCAUCAGCAGGUUGACGGCCCUGUCGUUGCCCGAUGCGAUGGCGACCUCCAUGGGCGUGGUGGGUAUGCUGUGCCGGGGCGACUCCUCAUCGUCAUCCUCGCCCUCGUCAUCUCCUCUGCCGUUGACGUUCGCACCUCCUUCGAUGAGGGCACGCAUGACAGCGUCUUGGAGGCCGCGGGUGGGCCACAUCGGCAUGGCGACGGGAGAUUCGUCGACUAAGUUGCCCAACCCAUUAUCUGGCCCCUGUGCCAAGAUGGACGGCACACCGUGGUCAGUCAUGUUGUCGACGGCGAGGGCGAGAAUGGAAUAGACAUGUUCCACCCCCAGGUCGGAGCCCCGCACCCGUGGAUUCGCUAGCCAAUUGGGGUCGGCUCCCCGCUGCCGGAUCAUCGUCGUCACCUGGCCUCCACUCGUGAUGGUGCGAUGGAAGACGGCCUUAGCGAGCCGCUUGGUCGCCCUGUUGGACUCAAUGAAGACGCCACGGUCAACGAAGCGCUCGAGCAUGUGCAGGCUGACGUCAGCUGGUCGGACCCAAUCACGGGGAAGCCCUGUGCCACGCGAAGCUGAUGAGCCCUCGGCCAUGGUGCUGGGCGGCUUGCGUGUCACUCACUGCAUGAUACAUACGGACACAGCGGCAAAUCGGAUCAAUGAAUGCCUUCUCUCCUUGCUUUCCUCUUCCCACCUGCACUACGAUAACGCUACUCGUGCCGGUCCUCAUCAGCCAUCAUGCCAGCUACCGCGACGAC